GCUCCGCCUCCCGCGCUCCGCCGCCUAUUUUGUCCGCUCCGCGGCCCUGUUGUCACGUGCUGGCGUGCGUGAGGGCGCGGCGCGGCGCGGCGCGGCUAUGAUGGCGGACCGCGUCUGAGGCCGUGGUGCGGCGGGUUGAGAAUCACUGUCUGAGAGGAUUUAGACCAGGCUUAAAAAGAUGCCUGCUGCCUGUGAUUCAGUGCUUGAAGAUAUUGAGGAUAUUGUGUCAGCACAAGAUUUGAAACCACAUGAGCGACAUUCUGGGAGAAAGAAUGUCUUUCCAAAAGUGCGAAAACGCAGUUCACACAAAGAUAUUCAGACAGAUGAUGAUCCCCCAAGUGACAGCAUUAUUCCUGGUGCUCAGAAAAUUUGGAUUCGUACAUGGGGAUGUUCUCACAAUAAUUCGGAUGGUGAAUAUAUGGCUGGACAGCUAGCUGCCUAUGGAUACAAAAUUACAGAGAACUCUGCUGAAGCAGAUCUAUGGUUGCUGAACAGUUGUACAGUAAAAAAUCCAGCUGAAGACCACUUCAGAAACUCAAUUAAGAAAGCCCAAGAAGGUAACAAGAAGGUGGUUCUAGCAGGCUGCGUUCCACAAGCCCAGCCUCGUCAGGACUAUCUGAAAGGCCUUAGUAUCAUAGGGGUUCAGCAAAUAGAUCGUGUAGUAGAAGUUGUGGAGGAAACUAUUAAAGGUCACUCUGUGAGACUACUGGGUCAGAAAAAGGAUAAUGGAAAACGUUUGGGGGGAGCACGACUGGAUUUGCCAAAAAUUAGGAAGAAUCCACUGAUAGAAAUCAUUUCCAUCAAUACAGGGUGUCUCAAUGCAUGUACCUACUGCAAAACCAAGCAUGCCAGAGGAGAUCUAGCAAGUUAUCCCAUUGAAGAACUAGUGGAUAGAGCCAAACAGUCUUUUCAAGAGGGUGUUUGUGAGAUAUGGCUGACCAGUGAAGACACAGGGGCUUAUGGCAGAGACAUUGGCACAGACCUCCCAACGCUCCUGUGGAAGCUGGUUGAAGCUAUUCCUGAGGGAGCUAUGCUGAGGCUUGGCAUGACAAACCCUCCCUAUAUUUUAGAGCAUCUGGAGGAAAUGGCAAAGAUUCUCAAUCAUCCAAGAGUAUAUGCUUUUCUGCACAUACCAGUCCAGUCUGCCUCUGACAGCGUACUCAUGGACAUGAAAAGAGAAUACUGCGUGGCAGACUUCAAACGAGUAGUGGAUUUCCUUAAAGAAAAUGUGUCUGGAAUAACCAUUGCUACAGACAUCAUCUGUGGUUUUCCAGGGGAGACAGAUGAAGAUUUUCAAGAAACGAUGAAACUUGUAGAACAGUACAGGUUUCCCAGCUUAUUCAUUAAUCAAUUUUACCCACGCCCAGGAACCCCUGCUGCAAAAAUGCAUCAAGUUCCAGCUGCAGUGAAAAAACAAAGAACAAAGGAUCUGUCCCAGCUGUUUCAUUCAUACAAUCCAUAUGAUCAUAAGGUUGGUGAGAGGCAGAGGGUUCUGGUAACAGAAGAAUCCUUUGAUUCCAAUUACUAUGUCGCUCACAAUUGCUUCUAUGAGCAGGUUCUUGUACCAAAGGAUCCUCUGUUAAUGGGUAAGAUGGUAGAAGUGAAUAUUUAUGAAGCUGGUAAACAUUUUAUGAAGGGGCAACCAGUGUCAGAUGCCAGAGUUUACACUGCAUCCAUCACCAGACCAUUAGCAAAAGGAGAAGUUUCUGGUCUAACAGAGGGACAGACACGUAGGAACUCAGGCCAAGAAGAGGACCAUGUAGGAGAAAGUGACAAGGCCCUUUAUAAGGUGCUGGCCUUUUUUCUCUGUUUUCUAAUGAAUAACAUCUAAUCUUGUACAACUAAAUAUUCAGGACUUCCCAGUUUUGCUGAUUAUUGAACUGUGUAGAAACAUUUAAUAAGCGGUGUAAUUAGCCAAAUUUGAAGAGUCAUGAAUCAGUGAAAAUUAAAUAUCAGAGUAAGUCAAUCUUAGAUGGUAUUGAUAUCUUUACAGCCUUACCCAUUCCUUUAAAUCAUCUUAGCCUUUAGUGUUAACAUACAAAAAAGCAUGUAGAAAUUGCUUGUGGCCAUAAAUUAGGUGCCUUAGAUUGGUGGAGUUUUGUGAGACCUGCAAACGAAAGACCGGCUUUAUAAAUUUCAAAAAAUAGUAUAUUGCAGAUGAGUUUUGGUUCACGUAUAUAAAAUCCUUAAUAGUUGAUACUCUGUGUUUUCAGUUUAUUCUUCACUUAAAGGGUAAUCAGCUUUGAUAUUUUUGGAAUAAAAUAGCUGUGGCCAGUUAUUAAUAUUUCAGAUGCCUUAGGAAUUGAUUGUAAUUAAUUACUUAACGCAAACCAGUUUGCCUGUAUCUUUGGUGAAGCUAAAAUACUCUGCGUGAUGUAGGCUGUAGUCCUGAAAUCCUUUCAUUGUUGUGCCUUUCACUGCAGAGAACUACGCCCCGAUUUGCUUACCUGUUUAUUUUUCAUCUCUUUACCCAGUUGAUAUCUUUUAGAUGCUGUACUUAUAAGAAGUCAUCCUCCUUUCAUACGUCAUAAUCCUCUCCGCCUGUAUAAUUUGUAAUCUAAAUCAACAAUACCUCAGAUGUUAGAGCAGCACUUAUGUCAGGCUGUCAUUUGCCCCUUUGAUGCUUACUUACCUAAUCAGUAGUAAUCAUUAUUUUCCUUCUGCAAUUACUAUAAUGGAACUGAUUCCUGAAAUGGAAAACGGAAGACAGCUAUAGACAGUUUGGAGUGCGCUGUCACACUUUCACAGGGGCAGACACAUUUCAUGGAGCAUUUAUGUUUCUCAGAAUUUGCCCAGAAAUGCGUUUGGUGAAGAAGUAAAGCAGGCAUCUGGUCUAUAUUUUCACAUGACUCUUUUUCAGCAGCAUGGAAAUACAAGAUUUUCCAAACAGGUACUUCUUGGGUGGCCUGCUUUGCCCUGCAUGUUUUCUACAAAGUGUGAAAGGAGAAAAAAAGAAUGGAUUCAUCAAAAUCCUUUUUUACGUGGAAGAUUUCAAACCAAUUAAAAACUCAGUUGUGUUCAUUUGAAUUCCUAAGGGAGUAUUGAAAUAGAAGGAAGAAAAAGAUAAAGAAUUGAAAUAUUGAAUCUUAUGAUGCAAGAUCAUUAAAUCAUUGUUUAUACUUCCUUUACCGCUUAGGCCUCUUGCAAAUGUCAUCAGAUUAUAGUUUAACUAGAUAUUCUUAAAUAUCUACAAUGCUAGUGUGCGAACAACGUUGCAAGACAAAACUGUUUCUUAUUCUUUCCACUUGGAUUUUAAGCUGAAAUAGUGACUCAACAUCUGUAACUGUGCUGCAGUUAAAAGUCCUCAUGUUCUGGGGGAUCUUGGUGCUCACAGUCAGGUUGAGCAUGAUAACAGCAGGCACAGCAGGCGACUCGGAUUCAAUAUGCUGAAUGAGAAGGUGAGUGUUUUAGCACAGCUGCCUCCCAAGGGUCAGGGGAAAAGCCCAGUGGGAGGAUUUUCAAGCACCACUGAGCUGGCACAUCCGGAGACGAUGACUUGACUGUGGGAGAACCCUGCUGUGCAAAGGAUGGUUGUGUUGUGUUCCCCUUUAUCACUAGCUAGACGUUUCUUUUGAAGAAAAAAAAAGUGAGAGAGUAGUGAGAUAGCAGCAAAACAAACAAAUAAAUAAAUAAUCCUGAAACAGCUCUUUCUGAUGGCAUUGAGGUCUGGGGAUUUGUUUCUGUUCUGAACAGCUUCAUUGAUUUGGCAGUUAAUUUCAUUAGAAAGAUUGACUCUGUUUGGCAUCAGUAGGAAUUCUGUAUGAAAAUCAGAUGACCUGAUGAUGAUGCAGUGUAGGCUGAAUUGUUGUUUGUCUUAAAAAGGGAUAUUAUUUUGAACUACAAUACUAAGGGGAGAUUUCAUUUAUAUUUGGUAGGUGCAAUCAGAAAUACACAGCACAGUUUCAGUCUUAACGUCUGCAUUUCU